GGCGGCGGAGCCGGCGCCGGGUGGCGGAAGUGGUUCCGGCGCUGGGACUGGAGUGUUUGUGUUUUGGUUCUGCAGGAGCCGGGCCGGCCUGAGGGGAGGAGGCGGAGGCGGGAGGAGGCGGAGGAAGUCCUGGUCGGCCCGAGCCGGCGGCAGCCGCGGAGGAGGACAGAGGAGGGCGGAAGGCGGAGCGCAGAGGCGGAGACGGAGCCGGGCAGGGGCGGCAGCGCGCUCGGAGCCCCGCGCCGGCCAGUGUGAGCACAGUGCUUGCCGCAGCCGCCGCCUCCGACGACUCCCGGGCGCGGCCUGGCUGCCGGGAGCCGCGGCCCCAGGUAUCUCCUCCAGAAAGAAAAAAAUUGAUACCUUGCAUCCUGGAAGUUCAUUUAGGAGUCUGCAGUUAGGGACUUCUUUGAAACCUGGACAUGGCUAAUCGAGGAGCAACAAGACCCAACGGGCCAAAUACUGGAAAUAAAAUAUGCCAGUUCAAACUGGUACUUCUAGGAGAGUCUGCUGUCGGCAAGUCAAGCCUGGUGCUUCGCUUUGUGAAGGGCCAGUUCCAUGAAUUUCAGGAGAGUACCAUUGGGGCUGCUUUUCUAACCCAGACUGUAUGUCUUGAUGACACAACAGUGAAGUUUGAAAUAUGGGACACAGCUGGCCAGGAGCGCUACCACAGCCUAGCACCGAUGUACUACCGAGGAGCACAGGCAGCCAUAGUUGUGUACGACAUCACCAAUGAGGAGUCCUUUGCAAGAGCAAAAAACUGGGUUAAAGAACUCCAGAGGCAAGCAAGUCCUAAUAUUGUGAUAGCUUUAUCAGGAAACAAGGCUGAUCUAGCGAGUAAAAGAGCUGUUGACUUCCAGGAAGCACAAUCCUAUGCAGAUGACAACAGUUUAUUAUUCAUGGAGACAUCAGCUAAGACAUCAAUGAAUGUAAAUGAAAUAUUCAUGGCAAUAGCUAAAAAGCUGCCAAAGAAUGAACCACAGAAUCCAGGAGCAAAUUCGGCCAGAGGAAGAGGAGUAGACCUUACUGAGCCUGCACAACCAACCAGGAGUCAGUGUUGUAGUAACUAAACCUCCAGUUUGAACUAGCUGGAGUAUUCUGCUUCCUAAAUGUCAAUAACCAUGGAGUUGGAGCUUUUAGCCGGCCCAGUAUGACUUCCAAAAAGAGACUUAUGAUAGAAUCAAGUUUCUAAUACAGAAUUAUUUUGAGUGUUUUGAACUUAAUUUUUAAUAACAUGCAUGUGUCCCUCCAACUAAUGUUUCAGUGAAAAGGGAAGUGAGAAGUGUGUGCAACUUGUUCCUCUGGAGAGGUUGAGGGAAUGCUUUCUCACCAUUAGGGAUAAAGGCAGAUGACCAUCUGGACCCACAGGAACCAUCCACUUUCUCCUGACUGGGACAGUAGUCACAUGUGAAAGAUGUGGAGAUUACUAAUGUGGGCUUUUAGAAGACUCAAUAUUUAUGCUUAGCAACAGUAUUCAAGCAAAUGAUCAUUUCUUCUAUUAUCUAAAAAGUAUACAUUCCACAUUUUAAUAACUUGAUCCCAAGAACAUGGUCCCAUGUCUCCAGAAAGAAGAUUCUUAGCAGCACCUAAAUUAUACUCGGUCUUACUAUUGUUUUUUUUAAUGGGGUUUAAAAAAAGUCAAACGUAACCCUGUCAUGUUUUACAAAUAUAAAAACUGCUAAAUGAAUUUUAUUGAAUGGUGUUCCCUUCCUUGUGAGCUCUUCAACGAAACUGAAACCAACCCAGGUGUCUGUAAUUUCUGUUUAAUCACUGUUGGCCAUUACGUAUAGGUCUUUUGUUUGGGGCAGGGAGGGGCUCUUGUUCUCUUUGGACAUGGUAUAGUCAGUGCACUAACAAUUAUGUACAUUCAAACUUGAUUAUUUUAAAUAUGAUCCUCAGCUGUACUGUAAAUAGGGUACUGCAUUGUAGUCUCCAUAUGUUUAUUUUUUUCUGUAAUAUUUAAGAGCUGCUUAAAAGUAUACAAAAUGUACAGUUACUAAAACAGCUAAUUAUUUCUUUCCCCCUGUGAGAGAAAGGGGCUUCAGUUGUUCCUACAGGCUAGAACCUUAAUAAACGGUGUACCUGUGAUUGUAACAUAAGUAUUACAAUGUUAGUAACAACCUUGCAGCCUUGUUUUUCAAAGUCCAUUUUAUUUUGAUCAAUUCAGUAUAUUGCACUAAUUAUUUUAGGUAUUUUCAUUAUAUGAAAUCUACCAUGUGUCAGAUGAUUUAAUCUAUUUAAGUGUUGAACUGCUAGCAGAACUUGUACAUUUUACAGUAACUCAGAAUUGGUAAGGAAAACAGUUCACCAGUGUUUAGUUUUAUAUUGAGGUGCUCAGGUUGGAAUAAAGUGGUCUAAAAAGCUA